AUGCCCACUUCAGUGGCGACCUGGGGCUGGAUUAUCAAUAUCUCAUCUAUCAUGGGCCUUACUGGUCUUGAAAAUUGCUGUUGGUGGCCUAUUCCUAUUUCAAAUACCCCCGUGCUACUCCAGAUAGCUGCAUACUGUGCAUCCAAGGCUGCCGUGCUUGGGUUGACAGGAAACGUCGCGCUCGAUUAUGCAACAUAUCGCAUUCACUGCGAAGCGAUCGCGCCUGGAUGUAAUGGUUGCGCACCAGGGACUGACACUCAGACAUGCGGACAGCCGAUAGACACCAAGAGGCCCACGUUGAACGCCGCGGCUAGACUGAUCGCCCCUGACAUCCUGGGCAUGAUGGAUGCGCUUCCUCCAUUUGGGGGAAUGGGUGAACCGGACGACAUUGCCCAUGCACCUCUCUUCUUCGCCAGCGAAGACGCUAAUUGGAUUAACGGCCAGUGCCUCGCAGUCCAUGGUGGGAGGACAUAA